AUGGCCGACGCCGACAGGGCCAACAACCCCAGGCCUCUGCCUCCGCGGCCAGCGUCCCGCCGAGACUUCGAGAUCGCCAUCAUCUGCGCCCUAGUCCUCGAAGCCGAUGCCGUAGACGCCCUCUUCGACCACCACUGGGAAGACGAUGGCCCUCCCUUUGGUAAGGCCGAAGGCGAUGCCAACGCCUACACCCCCGGGGUGAUAGGACGCCACAAUGUCGUCCUCGCCCACAUGCCCGGCAUGGGCAAGGUCAGCGCGGCAACCGUCGCGAGCAACUGCAAGAUAAGCUUCCCCAGCAUCAAGCUCGCUCUCGUCGUUGGCGUCUGCGGCGUGGUCCCCUUCGACGCCGGCAAGGAGAUCGUUCUCGGCGACGUCAUCGUCAGCGACGGCGUUAUCCAGUACGACUUCGGCCACCGGCUACCGGACAAGUUUGUGCGCAAGGACACACUGGAGGACUCGCUGGGCAGGCCAAACCCUGAGAUCCGCUCGCUUCUCGCAAAGCUCAAGAGCCGGCAUGACCGCAAGCAGAUACAGAGCAAAAUGGCUACUUAUCUGAGUGUCAUGCAGGCCGAGCAGGAUCUGGAGGCCGAGUACCCUGGCGCAGCGUGCGACAUAUUGUUCGAAGCGGCGUACCGACACGAGGGCAAAGAAAAGUCGUGCGUGGAAGCAGGCUGCAGCGGACAGCUAGUACAACGCAAGCGCCUCAGCCAGUCUCACACAGAGCCUGCCGUGCACAUCGGCCUCAUGGCCUCGGGCGACACAGUCAUGAAGUCGGGCGAAGACCGCGACGCUAUCGCGAAGAAAGAGGGUAUCAUCGCAUUCGAGAUGGAGAGUGCCGGUGUUUGGGAUGUGUUUCCUUGUAUCGUGAUGAAGGGGGCUUGUGACUAUGCGGACAGCCACAAGACCAAGACCUGGCAGCGGUAUGCGGCAGCGACAGCAGCAGCAUGUAUGAAGGCGUUUCUGGAUUACUGGGUGCCUACAAAUCCCACCACCCACAGCCCCUAUCGAAUACCAUUCAGUCUCCAGGGUGUGCCUGCUUCCGAGCACUAUGUGCACCGGCCGACCGACAUGUUUGAGAUCGAAAAGAAGCUCCUUCCCAAUACGGACCAGAUACGAAAGCGACGAAUUUUCGCUUUGUACGGCCUUGGGGGCAUUGGCAAGACACAGCUUGCUGCCAACUUCGCCCGGCGACAUCAGGGCGCAUUUGACUCCAUCUUCUGGCUCGAUGGGAGAUCCGAACAGCAGUUGAAACAGAGCUUUGUCCAAUGUGCGAAGAGGAUCCCAGAAGUCCAAAUCCCGGGAAGGAGCAGAACGAUAACAACCUCGCUCAGCCAGGAUGAAAUAAAUGCCAUCACGGCAAAUACAAUAGCCUGGCUUUCCCGACCUGAUAACACCAGAUGGCUCCUCAUAUUUGACAAUGUCGACCAGGACUGGGAAGGGGGUCAAGAGACCGGUGCCUGUGAUAUCCGACAGUACAUCCCCUCGAGCGACCAUGGGUCGAUAUUGGUCACGACGCGAUUGUCGCGACUCAUGCAGCUUGGCGAUUCAAAACACCUCAGGAAGGUUGACCCAGGGCUUGCAAGAGCCAUAUUCGAAAAGUGGUCUGAAAUAACACUUUCUAUGGACAGGACUGACCAGGAGCUGCUCGAGUCACUCGAUGGUCUACCUCUGGCGCUGGCCCAGGCUGGAUCUUACAUAUGCCAGACCAAGAUCAGCACGUCUACCUAUCUUCAGCUCUACCGAAAACAGUGGGAUUCACUGAUGAAUGCUGGGGGCCAGCCUGACUGGCCACUUGUCGAUUACGACCACCGCAGUGUCGCUACAACGUGGACGAUAUCGUUCCGCAUCAUCGAACAGGAGAACAGCAACGCGGCAGACCUGCUCCGCCUUUGGGCAUGCCUUGACAACAGGGACUUCUGGCACGGCCUCAUAAGUGCUGCAACCCGUGAAAUUCAACUGAAAUAUGACCCCAGGCCUAUAUCCUGGCCAGCCUGGCUUCAUGACUUGGCUUGUGACAACGUUAGGUUUCUUGACGCUGUUCGCUUGCUGAUCCGGCACUGCAUGGUCGAGGAGACAGAGGCAGCACAGGAGAGCUAUAGCGUCCAUCCGGUGGCGCACCAAUGGAUGUUACAUAGCCUUGAUCAGCCGACAAAGCUACGGUUCAGCAGGCUGUCAGUGUCUAUUGUCGGAUUCUUGGCGGAACCUCGUCGAUUACUUGGCGUUGUGCUUGAUCGACGGCUGUUUUCCCACGCCAGCCGAUGUGCGCAAUGGCUGGGUGGAUUUCCCGAGCCACAAGGCAGCCUGCAAGAUCUAGAGCUAAUGGCGGCCGUGUGCAAUAUCGCCUGGUUGCAAUUUGACCUUGGAAGAAUGGAAGAGUCGAAUGCAAUAUCCCAAUGGGCAUUGGUGCGCCAGGAGCAGGCGUUUGGGGCCCAGCAUCGCUUGACUCUCGGGUUUAUCAUCCUCCAGGCACAAAAUUACAGAUUUCUGGGCAAUCCCGAAGAAGCCGAAAGAAUAUGUCAACAAGUACUGGCGAGUUUCCACGGGCAGUUACCUGAUUGGGAAGAAAUCUACCGGAUGCUCGCCGAGCUCGGCCACGCCCUCCUCGAGCUAGACCGCCCAAAGGAGGCAACUCGAGUAUUGCAACAAGCAAGAGGCAUGGAAAGAUUUCUCGGCAGCGACCAUCCAUUGGUUCUCAGUCUACUCAGAAACAUCAGUCAGGCCUAUUGGAGACAGGGAAAGCUGGAGGAAGCUGAAGUGCACCUCCAGAAGGCAUUGGUAGCCCUGCAGAAUGCACAUGAUAUCGACGAAGACAACUUUGCUCGUCUAUCCACCAAUUUUGCUAUGGCUCUCAUGUAUCAAGGCCGGUACCAAGAAGCUGAAUCGCUGUAUCGGCGGGCUUUGGCGUGCUUUGAGAAGUUGUAUGGGCCAGACAACUUGCAUACUCUUAGUAUUUAUGGCAUCUUAGGGCUUGUCUAUUACAAACAGGGCAGGCUGGAGCAAACCGAGGAGAUAUUCCAAAAAGCCAGGGCGGGACUUGAGGAGAAUGGAACCAAUGUCGAUGCUUGGCUCGCGUAUUUCACGCACGGCAACCUGGGUGAUGUUUACCACAGCCAGCGCACACUGAAAGCAGCCGAGGAGAUGUAUAAGCGAGCACUGGAAGGGUUGUCCGAGCUGCGGGAUCAUAGAGCCGUUUACGACGCGUUGGAAGCUUUAGGUCGUUUGUACGAAAGGCAGGGUAGGCUCGAAGAGGUCCGGACGGUGCUUGAUGAAGUAAAGCAAGCCCAUCGCGAGACACCACACUGGCAGGGUGUCUCGUGUCACUGCGUCGAGCUAUUCCUACCCUUUACUCAGAGCUCUCAAGAAUCAACAACGGCUGCUGCCUUGCCAUCAGCGAGCUCACAACCAGAUGCUGAGAUGGCAUCACCCAGUGAUCUGCACCAGUCCGUCACUACAAGCUCGAGUGCUGGUCAAGGGCAUGCGGAACAAACGGUGCAGCAAAGUGAGAGACGAUAG